AUGGUUGAGACAGUGGAUAGAAUUUUUGCGAAUGGUCGUACGGCAGGGCUUGUGCUGGAUAGUGGAGCGUCUCAGACAGCUGCCGUACCGGUAUAUGACGGUUACUGCGUUAGUCAUGCUGUGGUGCGAUCGCCAAUCGGUGGUGACUUGAUCGCUGAACAGUGCGGAAUUAUGUGCGACGAACAAAAAAUUGAAGUCGUACCCUCAUACAAAAUCGCAUCACGGGUUCGUUUCCUCUUGAAAUAUCGUAUUCGUUGUGUGACUGAUUGA